AUUUAUUUCAGUUUCAUAAAAGUUUUAAUUUAAUUUAUAGUCCUAUUUUUUUAUCAAUAAAUAAGCACUCAACUAUUUGUACAUACAUUUUUUUACGUAUCGGUCGACUUAGAAAAUGUCCAAAUAGAAAUAUUAAUCGAUAAUUUAAUUAAACGACCUCGUCACUUUUGAAUGACACCAUUUUGUUUCCAGUCUCUACCUGUUGUGUGCUCUGUAUCGUUGUUGUUUUUCAUGAAAACAAUAACAAAAUAAAUAUAUUUCUAUAAAAUUAACAAAAAUGACUGAAUUAGUGGCGUGUCGUGUGUGUUUAGUUGAUGAUGUGCAAUUAUUUAAAUUGAGUAAAUAUGAAUUGGUGACCGCUUAUGAAUUUCUAACUGGAACACAGGUUUCAGUAAAUGAUGGCCUACCACAAUACCUGUGUACGUACUGCAGAGCACAGCUCAUUAAAUGCAUAGUCUUUAAGAACAAAUGCUGUAACACACAGGACACCCUGAGAUAUAUGUACGGAGAACAGGGUGGGCUAACGAAUACAGACAUACGUAAUCUCUGCAAAGCUUUCAACCUCAAACCGUUGUCAAUAGCAACGAGCAACACACCCAUAGACUUGGAAUAUACGGAGCCAGAGAUAAAAGAGGAAGUGGAGAUCAAGGAAGAGCUAGAGGAGCCGAGGAAGAGGCGGCACAAGAAGGCAAAAGAGUACGUCGAAAUCAAAUUCGAGGACACGGACAUAGAUAUAUCGUAUAGCGAUAAUGACAUCGAUAGUGCGCGCCGCGAGUUCGACGACCACAACGUGGAGGUGAUCGUCCUGACGAAGGAGCAGCAGCUGCAGGAGAUCGAGGCGAGGAAGAACUCUUUCAACUAUCUCAACUCUUACUUCAAGUGCGAUAAGUGUUACAAAGGUUUCAUCACGCACAAGACGUUCAAGAAUCAUAUGUUGCGGCACGAUCCGAGUAGAGGCGAUUACGUCUGCGACGUCUGCCUGUCCGUUUGGGCCGAGGAGAAGGCGCUCAGGGCUCACGUGAUCACGUCCCACCAGAGGAAGUAUAUAUGCAAGCUGUGCGACCACGUGUCUAGAUCCACCAAUCGGGCUAAAGAGCACAACAAGUGGCACAAUGGUUACACAUUCGAUUGCAAGAUAUGCGGCGCUUCGUUCUCCAAAUCAACAAGCCAACUCACGCAUAUAAGGCUGCAGCAUCCGACGAACAACUCGUGCGACAUUUGCGGCGAAUCGUUUCUCGGCGAAUACGGACUGAGGAUGCACAAGAAACGGGCGCAUCUGAACGUCGACGGCGAGACUAACGAAGAUCACACGAGAGCGUGCGACGCGUGCGGCGUCAACUUCAAGACCGAUGACGCUGUUAAACGUCACCUUGCGUACAGUGCGGACGGCAAGUGUGUGCCGGCGCUGAGAUCAUUCGCGAGCGCGCGCUCGCACGCGACGCACGUGCAGCGCGUGCACCUCGGCAUCAAGAUGAAGCAGCCGGCCAAUCUAUAUGUUGAUGACAAAUCGCAGCCAGUCACAAGGACCAUUAACAAAUUGAGGGUAGUUGGGUCGAACGUUGUUGAAUAUACAACGCACGAACGCCAAGCCACAAUCCCCACUGACUCGGCACCAACUAACUUACUACCCACUUACUCACUCACCAAGUCAAAUACUCGCUCGCUCACCAACCGACUCACGCGCCCACAGAUCCACGUGCGCACGCACACGGGCGAGUGCCCCUACAAGUGCGACCGCUGCCCGAAGGCGUUCAAGCACAAGGCCGCCCUCAACAGGCACAGCCGGGUACACACAGGGGUUAAACCGUACGGCUGCGCACAUUGUGGUAAAACUUUCUCGCAAUCGAACUCCAUGAAAUUGCACGUGAAUACAGUCCAUUUACGACUGCCAGCGCCAUAUCGGAAUAAGAAAAAUAAAUAAUGGUUGUUA